AUGAUGCUGAAGGUGAAGAAGGAAGCUGUUAUCCCCCCCGCCCCCAAGACAGAAGCCAAUUACAAGGCCUUGAAGACCAAGAAGGCAGUUUUGAAGGGUGUCCAUAGCCACAAAAAAGAAGAUCUGAACAUCCCCCACCUUGCAGUGACCCAAGACAUUAAGACUUUGAAGUUUGCUAGGAAGAAGACUGAGGACAACAACACCCUAGUCUUCAUUGUGGACACUAAGGCCAAAAAGCAUCAGAUCAAGCAGGCAGUAAAGAAGCUUUAUGACAUCAACAUAGCCAACGUCAACACACUACUCCAGCCUGAUGGAGAGAAGGCCUAUCUGACUUGCUCCAGACUAUGA